AUGGUGAACAACCCGUUAUCGUUUCUUUCCCAAGAUAAAGCACGGGAAUUCAUUGCUAGCAGUACUGAACAGUCGAGAUUUAAUUACUUCAGUGAGGGCACUAAUAUUCAAUCCAUUCUCCGAAACUAUCAAGAGGCAUCGCGCAAUAUCCUAAGUCUUCAAAAUAGAUCUGCUGCUGCUAAGGACUAUUACGAACAAGCAUGUAAAAAGUAUGCUGAGUCCGAAAGAGCUUACAAAAAGUAUAAACACUCUCAUACACUUCGACAACAGUUAGAGAAAAUCAACGGAAAAAUAUUUUGGUACAAUGUUGAGGUCUUAGAGAGGAGAAUUCGAAAAAAGGAAUCUGAGAUCAAAGAAAUGGAAGAUGAACUAUCAAAUUUAGAAAAGAAAAAGGAGCAAUUUGCUACUGAAAUCGAGCGUGAUCAGGAACAAGCAUCGCUUAUAGACAAAGAAGCAAGUCUUCUAAGAGAAAAGCUUGACGCACACUUAUUGGAUCUCUCAAAAUCUGAGGUUGAGCAUGCAGAGGCAACGAAACAAAUCCAUGCUUAUAGGGCAGAUUUACUAAACUACAAACGAGAAAUAGAGGAGUUUGGUAAAACGAUAGAAAAGUAUAAGAAUGAAAUUGAAUUUGAGCAGAAGAAAAUCGAUGAUGCAAACGGUGGCUCAAAGGAAAAGAUGGCGGAAAGGUUGGAAAUGUUACAGAAGAGACAACAAAUGUUGAUAGAAAACCGAGAUGAACUUCAAGAACAAUUGCAUACUAUAAGCGGAACGAGCCCUGAAAUGGAAUCACUCACACAACAACUUGAAGAACAUCGAAUAGCCAAAGCAGCCAUUCAAAAAAAGAUCCUGGAUUUCGAAAGAAAUAAGAACAACAAGUAUGCAGCUUUUGGUCACAACAUUGCUUAUCUUAUGCGUGAUAUUGAGAAGGAAACGAGAUGGCAUUCUAAGCCAAUUGGCCCUGUUGGGUGCUUUGUGAGCGUUAAAGAAGGAUAUGAUAAAUGGACAGACCUUAUCAAUGCAACUCUUCAAAAAACUUUAGACUCGUUUGUCGUUUGUGAUGAACAUGAUCGUCGCCUCUUGAACCAGUACAUGAGGGGCAAAAAAAUCUUCAAAAACAUAAUUGUCAGAAAGUUUGAAGCUUUCGCUUACAAUGGUUAUGCACCUGAAGGGUGUGCAACUGUUCUUGAUACUUUAGAUAUUCACAACGAUGAUGUAAAGUUUACAUUGAUUGAUUCAAGCGGUGUUGAAGAGAUGGUAAUCUGUGAAUCGAUGAGAGAGGCUGAACUGAUUACACAGAAUCGGAAUGUGAAACACGCAUUUUGCCUCAAGGAUCGAAGCUCCGGUGUUCGUGUUUCUAGACGAGAUGGCCAAUUGAGCAGAGAUCCUAUAUUUUACUCAAACGAUCUUCGUAGGUUGGCCGGUAAGGAAUUAUCACAUGAUUUUCAAGGGAGUUUAGAGGAAUUGAACCAUGAGGAGGCUAGAAUCCAUCAGAAACGGAACAAGUUGAAGGCUGAAGAGCAGGCGAAGAAAAAGAACCUUCAAACCGAAUUAGAAAAGAAGAAGAAAUUUCUCAAGGAGAUAAACAACCAGAUCUUUAACUUAGAAAGACUUCUUCUGGAGGAAGGUGACCAUGGAAAGAUUGAUAGUCUCAAAGAGCAAAUCAUUCAUUCUGAAAAUCAAAUCAAGACUAGAGAAGGGAUGUCGAUGGAACUUUUACAGAACCUAAACGAAUCCAAAAAAGAAAUCAAAGAAAUGGCAGAGAAAUUGCAGGGUAUGAACGCAACAAAGCAAAAGCUCACAGAUGAAAUCACUGAAAUGCAGAAUAAUGUGGAGAAAUACAACCAGAAUGUCCAGCUUCUUGAAGCAGAAAUUGAAGGUCAUAGCAAGAAACAAGAGGAGAUACUGAUCGAGAUACGGGCAAAGCUAAACAAGAAAGAAUCAGACGAGAAAAAGUACGAUGAGUUGAAACUGGCUGCGGAAGAGCAUUGUCUGAGAGAAGAGAUAGAGAUAGCCGAUUCAGAUACCACAGAAUCUAUCACGAAUGAAUUUAGAGCCAUUCAAAAUGCUAUUGAGGAAGCGGAAAGAAAUACGAACAAAACGUUUGAAGAAAUACAGAAUGAAGUACUACAGAGCAAAGAACUAAAGGACAAGUGUGAAACCAGCCUCAAUGAUUUGGAACAUGCACGUGUCACAUUGGAAAAUGAUCUUAACUCGAGGUUUGAUAACUUGAAUAUCACCAUCAAAGAAAAACUCACAAGGGCGAAGCUGGCCUUCGAACAAUGCUUGGCUCUUCGUGGGUUUAAAGGUAAAUUAGAGUUUGAUUUUGGCCAGAAACGUGUUGUGACCGAAGUUCAAACCAAGGACGACAAAGAUACUCGGGCAGUACUGUCGUUAUCGGGAGGUGAGAAGUCCUUCACUCAAAUCGCAUUUUUGCUUAGUAUCUGGAAAGUGAUGAAACCCCGUGUUUGCGGUCUAGAUGAAUUUGAUGUGUUUAUGGAUUCGGUGAACCGAACAAUUGCCAUUCGUUUAUUGAUCCAUGAGCUACAAAGUUCGAACGCACAGUCUAUCUUCAUCACACCACAGGAUAUUGCUGUUGUCGGCGACUUGAAGGACCUGGAUGAUGUGCGCAUUCACCGCAUCAAGGCACCAAGAGAUGACUAG